AUGUUUGCGUACGGACAGACAGGAGCCGGCAAGACCUUCACCAUGUAUGGCACCAAGGGCAACGAAGGCACUGCACCUCGCACCAUUCAGGAGAUCUUCCGCGUCACCGCACAGGGCUCAGAUCGUUUCAGCUACACGGUGUCUGGAUCGAUGUUGGAGCUCUACUGCAACAACAUUGUGGAUUUGUUAUCCAAGGCGAACCCCAGUCAAUCGAAAGCGAAGCUCAACAUUCGACAGGAGAAGAAUGGAAAUGUCUCAGUGGAAGGCUUGGUUGAGGAAGAAUGUUCGACGGCUGAUGAGCUCAUGGCCCUCCUCGAGCGUGGCAACGAGCAACGCACGGUGGCGGCCACGGCCAUGAAUUCGGAGAGCUCCAGGAGUCACUUGGUGCUCAUCAUCAAGAUCAUCAGCGUCAAUAAGGAGACGAAGGAAGUGCUCAAAGGAAAAAUGCUGAUGUGCGAUUUGGCCGGCUCGGAGAGGUUGAAGAAAUCGGAGGUGACGGAGCAUCAACAGACUGAGGCCAUUGCAAUCAACAAGUCGUUGACCGCUCUGGGCGAUGUGAUCGAGGCCCUCACGAAGGGAGGGAAAGGCGUGGUCCCCUACAGGAAUCACAAGCUCACCAUGCUCAUGCAGGAUUCCUUAGGUGGUACUGCAAAGACACUGAUGUUCGUGAACUGUUCACCCGCCAGCUCAAACUUAGAUGAGACCUUCAUGUCCCUGAAGUAUGCGCAGCGGGCGAAGAAGAUCACCAAUACCGCCACCAAGAAGUAG